AUGGCCGGAGCGGCGGGCGCUGAUUGGCUCUCCGUGCUCUGCCGCCUGUUGCAAAGGCCACCGUGCAACAACUGCACGUCAAGGCAAGGCCAGCUUGGAAACACCCCUCGCCGUUCUUUGCUCGCUUUCCCAUCUCUACGGACAGGGCGGCCUUUUGCAUUGUCGCCGCCUGUCGUCGCACUUGUCAGUUCUGCCCAGGGAGGGUAUCCUCCUCAGGAGGGUUACGGGCAAGCACCAGUGCAACCUCCGGCGCCUGGACCAGCUCCCGCCGGUCAACCUGCAGGAAAGAAGAAGCGCGCAUACGCCGGGGAAGCCUUUGAUUUUGGAUCAGGAGCAAAUGCCGCUCUCGGGGGGCAGCCGAAAGCUGGUGGCGAUUAUGGAGCAUACGCUGCCCAGGCCGCAUCAGCAGGCUAUCCGCCAGCUGGAUAUGGGAUGGAUCCUGCGGCGGGCUACACAGCACCACAACCCCCAGCUGUUGGAGGAUAUCAACCACCUGUAGCGGGAUACCCCGGUCCUGGUGGUGCUGGUGGUGUUGCUCAAGUGACCCAGCAGUUUGGCCAAAUGGGAGUUGCUGAUCCGCAGCAGCCUGUUCCUCCACAGCAAGCUCCAAGGGCUGUUCCCCUGAACCAGUUGUAUCCUACCGAUCUGCUCACGCAACCGUUUAAUGUUGCCGAGCUUGACUAUCCACCUCCGCCGAUCAUUCUACCACCAAACACAAGUACCUAUCCUUCACCGUACGCGAACUGUCCACCCAAGUAUGUGCGUUCUACUCUGAACGCAGUUCCGACAAACUAUUCGCUUCUCAAGAAAUCCAAGCUCCCGUUUGCCCUUGUCAUUCAACCAUACGCAGCACUUCAUGAUGCCGAAGAUAACAUUCCCGUGGUCCCGGACCAGGUCAUCUCUCGAUGCAGACGAUGCAGAUCAUAUAUCAACCCCUUCGUAUCGUUCUUGGAUCAAGGCCAUCGCUGGCGCUGCAAUAUGUGCAACCUGACAAAUGACGUUCCUCAGGCAUUUGAUUGGGAUACCGCCUUACAAAAAGCAGCAGACCGCUCCCAGCGACCAGAGUUGAAUCAUGGCGUGGUCGAAUUUGUUGCCCCCCAGGAAUACAUGGUCCGGCCGCCGCAGCCACUUAUAUACUUGUUUUUGAUCGAUGUUAGCUAUGCCUCGGUUACGAAUGGCCUUCUUGCCACGGCUGCUCGAUGCAUCAAAGAAAGCUUAGAUCGGAUUCCCAACGCAGACCGAAGGACACGACUUGGCUUCUUGGCUGUCGACUCCAGCCUCCACUACUUCACUAUCCCUAGAGAUGGAUCCGAGAAUUCCGCUCCGAAGAUGCUUGUUGUCAGCGAUCUUGACGAGCCUUUCCUGCCCAUCCCAGGGGAUUUGCUGGUCACGCUAUCUGAGUGCCGCGAGAACAUUGAGAAUUUCCUGGAUAAGCUGCAAGACAUGUUCCAGAACACACAAAAUGGCGCGUGUGCUCUGGGUUCUGGUCUUCGGGCAGCCUAUAAGCUGAUUGCCCAUGUCGGCGGAAAGAUCACUGUGCUGUCUUCGUCACUUCCCAACAUCGGGCAUGGUUCGCUUACGGUGCGAGAGGACAAGAAGGUCCUGGGUACUAGCAAGGAGAGCAGUCUUCUGCAGACCGGCAGCAGCUUCUACAAGAGUUUUGCUGUGGAGUGCUCCAAAGCUCAGGUCUCAAUUGAUAUGUUCCUAUUUUCCUCGCAAUAUCAGGAUGUUGCUUCUCUUAGCAACCUUCCACGCUAUACGGGAGGACAGACGUACUUCUACCCGGGAUGGAACGCCGCUCGCACGGAAGACGCCAUCAAGUUUGCUCGCGAAUUCUCGGACUACCUCUCAUCUGAAAUCGGACUGGAAGCUGUCUUGCGUGUACGUGCUACGACGGGUCUGCGUAUGAGCACCUUCUACGGAAACUUCUUCAACCGCAGCUCGGAUCUUUGCGCAUUCCCGGCAUUCCCUCGUGAUCAAGCUUAUGUAGUCGAAGUCUCUAUCGACGAGACGGUCACCAAGCCCGUUGUUUACCUACAAACCGCCGUUCUACACACCACAUGCAAUGGCGAGCGAAGGAUUCGUGUGCUGACAUUGGCACUGCCGACUACGCAGACAUUGGCCGAUUUGUAUGCCUCGGCUGAUCAGCAGGCGAUCACCACUUUUUUCAGCCACAAGGCUGUGGAGCGCGUCCUGUCCAAUGGGCUGGAGCCUGCUCGUGAGGCUAUCCAGUCGAAGAUUACUGAGCUUUUGUCGACAUACCGUAAGGAGCUUGCAGGGGGCAGUGUCGGCGGGGGCGGCCUACAGUUCCCUGCCAACAUGCGAGCAUUGCCUGUUUUAUUCCUCGCAUUGAUCAAGAACCUUGGCCUCCGUAAGUCGGCACAGAUUCCCACCGACAUGCGGUCGGCUGCAAUCUGCCUGCUUUCAACAUUGCCCUUGCCACUUUUGAUCCAAUACAUCUAUCCGAAAAUGUACUCGCUGCAUGAUAUGCCAGACGAUGCUGGUCUGCCAAACGAUCAGAGCGGAGAAAUUGUUCUCCCGCCUCCGGUUAACCUGUCUUCGGAGCGGUUGGUGCCGUACGGCCUUUAUCUGAUUGACGACGGACAGACGCAAUUCCUCUGGGUUGGACGAGACACUGUCCCACAGCUCCUGAUUGACGUGUUCGGAGUGGCGGACAGGAACCAACUACGGGUGGGCAAGCAGUUCCUUCCUGAGCUGGACAACGAUUUCAACGAACGGGUGCGCGCUGUGGUGCAGAAGAGUAAGGACUUCAAGGCCAAGGGCGCGGGUAGCAUUAUUUCUCCGCAGCUGUAUGUUGUCAAGGAGGAUGGUGAGCCAGGAUUGCGACUUUGGGCACAGACCAUGCUGGUGGAGGACCGGGCAGACCAGAGCGUCAGCCUGCAACAGUGGAUAGGCUCAUUGCGAGAGAAGGUUGUGCAGUGA